AUGAGCGAGCUGGACAGCUUGGACAUUCGUGUCAGACCAUAUUUACAACAAGUUGGAUACCAUAAAUGGUCAAGAUACCACAACAACCACAACGUGUAUUCAACUAUGACUUCAAACAUUGCUGAAUCUCUAAAUGCAGCAAACUUAGCAGCUAGAGAACUACCAAUCACAACACUGAUGGAGUCAUUGAGAGCUUUAAUACAACAAUGGACAUACACAAACAGGAACAAGGCACAGAAAACAACACCUACGGCAGAGAAAAAGCUAGUCAACAACUUUGUGGACUCAUUGACAAAAAAUGUAAACCCAAUAAACGAGAGCAUGUUCGAAGUAGUAGAACUAACAAGAUCAUGGGUAAUCAAUCUAAAGGAGAAAACAUGCAGUUGCAACCGAUUCCAACUUGACAAACUACCGUGCGCUCAUGCGCUUGCUGUGAUAAAAGAGAGGAACUUGAAUGUUUACAACUACUGUUCAGGUUAUUACACGACAAGAACAUGGCUUGAAACAUACAGCAGCUCAACAUAUCCGGUGCACAAUCACACAACAUGGGAUGUACCACAGAACAUAAAAGUUAUCAUUGUUCUGCCACCAAACCAGAAAAUAAGAUCUGGAAGACCAAGGAAAAGAAGAUUUAUAGCUGAUUGGGAUACAAAAAAUAGAAGGUGCAGCAAAUGUGGUAAACACGGACACAAUUGA